GCGUUUAAACUUCCCUUCAGGAAAAAAAUCAGUGCGUGGCUGGAGAGGCAGAGCGGGGAAGCGGGAGCGGUGCGGAGCCCUCUGGGAGCCGCUGCCCGUCGGAGGCUGCAGCCAGGCGGGGAUCGGCCGCUUCUGCCAGGGAACCAGCGAUAAGAGGAGAGGACACAGCCUGAGGCUGCAUCUGGGGAGGUAUCUCAAGAUGGAAUUUAGAAUUAAACACACGUGGGAUGGUUUGCCUGUGAGCCAUGAGCCGGUUUCAAUUGGGCUGAGGCCGGAUAAUGAAGGACUACUGAUGGAAGUUCAUGCUCCUUUCUUUAAUGACCCUCCAGCACCACCCGGAGAGCCAGGGAAACCUUUUGGUGGACUGUGGGACUAUGAGGUUGUAGAAGCAUUCUUUCUGAGUGACAGAACUGAGCAGUAUUUAGAAGUUGAGCUUUGUCCCCACGGACAGCACUUACUGCUGCUUCUUUCUGGCAGAAGAAAAGCAUGGAAAGAAGAGCUUCCUUUGGAGUUUGAGGUGACCAGAAUGAAAACCAAAUGGGAGGGUAAAGCGCUUCUUCCAUGGAGUUAUUUUCCACCAUGCACUGACAAGUUCAAUGCCUUUGCAAUUCAUGGCUCAGGAGAAGAGAGAAAAUAUGAAGCACUUUAUCCUGUGCCUCCACAUGAACGGCAGGAAGGACAGGAACCAGAUUUUCAUCGUUUGGAAUUUUUCAAGGACUUGAACCUGAAAGAACUGACAGGAGAAGACUGGAAGCAGCCUGAAUCAGAUAUAUGGAAAUCUCUCAUUAAGUGAAUGGAUUGAGGCAUAAAUUUUUGUAAAGUUGAAGUUGGCUGAAGCUGUAUGGAAACAACAGCUUCCUCAUUCUGAGCAGAGGUUGUAGAUACCAGAUUAGCAAGGCUUUCCUUCACGCUGAAAUCAUGGAUCAGUUUGGAAAUCCACUGCAAAGCAUGUGGAUCUGUUGAUUCUAAAUGGAUGAAUGGCUUGUGUUUAAAUCCACCUGGGUAUGGAGUUUUUCAUGUGUGCAAGGGAUGAAUCUGCUGCUGCCAGUGAAGGAGGAAAAAUGUGCUAAAAUUGCAUCUGUGUUUUCAUGAGAGCUCAGAAGUCUGACAAGGCCAAUACCUGGACUGAAAUCUUCUGAUUUCCAAGAGUUGCUGCAUUGCUGCUGUAUUUUCACUGCUGCUUGUUUGUUUGUUGACUGCUGAAUGAGAUCCUUAUGUGCCUAGAUUUUUUUUGCUUACAAUCAGGAGGAAGAAUGCCUUUUUCAGGAACACAGAAGAAAGUAGGUAUCAAGGAUUUUGGAAGCUCAGUACUUGCCCUGCAAGAGGUAUAACACUUCCCUUUCCUGUCUGUUCCUGUGCCUGAAGUUUUCUCUUGCUUAAUGCCAAAGGGGGAAAUUAUUCUGUCUCACAGACCUCUGUGUGGAGUUUCUAAUGGUGUUUAGGUGCAGAGGAUAGAUUUACAAAAGGUUUUAUGUAUUUUUCAGGUGAAGUUUCUGGGACAAAUCAUGCUUAGUAAAAUCUUGUGGUAUAGUUGUGUGCAUGCAGAAGUGGGUUUUUUCUGAGACUUGUCACAUCACUUUAAGAAUUAGUCUCAGAUGUCUGAGAAUUUUUUUUUUUUGCAUGCCACUGAGGGCUGGAGAUACUCUAGGUGUAUAUUUUCUAUGUAUAGGCAUGAGUCAUUUUAAAAAUAGUGAGUAUUCUUAGCUGGCAACAUCUUAUCCGUAAACCCUCAAAUGAUUUACAAAUUACACGUGCCUUUUUGUUAUCUAGCAUAGCAAUUGCUGCUUGAUUGUGGCUGCUGAUUUAAUCUUAUAUAAAUUAACUUAGAAAAUGUAAAGCUUGCCCACUAACCAGAUCCUUGCUAGUAUGCAAUAAUAAACACAUUCUGAUGGUCCUAUUUUCUUUGCUGUCUUUCUUUUCUAAUUUUAGCUGUAGGUUCUGCCUGAGAAGCAAAGGAGGUGGGAAUGUCCCACCUUUGUGUAGAAUAUCUCAGUGUGGUUAAUACCUGAGAUAGGAUGUAACUUUGCAGUUUUUCUGUAGCUUUAGAUUCCCUCUUGUAGUUCCAGUUUUAUAGAACUGUGCUUUCAGAUUUGAAGAUAUUACACUUUUUCUGUGGCAGGCUUUAGCAUGUCAGUGCACUCAGCCAUCCAAUUGCUGUUGCUCUGUUUCCAAUUAGACAAUGUAGGUUCCUUGCUGUAAAGUGCCAUCUGUUGAAAAUUGUAAGUAUUGUACAUUUCAGUUGUUUGGCUUCUUUUUUGCCUUCUAUCCAUGUACAGUUUUCUAUAGAAUGGCAUCAGUCUGAAAUACUGAGUAAUUGAAUAAAUGUUGAUUAAAGUAUCAUCUAGACAUUGACAUCUCAAAGCUGCUUUGAAAAUUUUAGUCAAAACCAAAAUGUCAUUUUGCAAAACUUUUAGACUUUAUUUAAAAAACUUUGUCAAAAAAGUGUGUGCAAAGAUUCAAAAUGGGUGUACUACUUUUCUCACAAAGGUUGUUUUCAUAUGAGGAAUGAUACUUUUACAUAAAGGACAGUAAAUAAAAAUUUUUAUUCAUCUCAUGCUUAUUCUUACUUCAAACUGACUGCUUCAGAUUUGAUUUUGGAUGUAAAUGAUGAACUUGGAGGUAAAUAGAUUACUUUCCCUAAAUAAGUAAUUUAAAGUAAAACCAUUGUCUUUGCAGUACAAAAUGCAAUGCUAGGUGCCCCAGAAAAUGGAAAUUUUCGGACAGACUUUAUUCAGGACCUGUGUUACAGCAUGCAGCCAUUUUUUGGUUCACUUGUGUGUUUCUGAGCUUUAAGUGUCUGUUUGAACUGUGAGUACUGGGGGCCAGUUGUAGUCUCUUUCCUGAACUGUGCCUCAAUUUUUGAUGACAGGAGGAAAAUGACAAAACAAACUCUGUUCUGUAUGAUAAUGAUAGUGUGUUCAUUACUUGUGAACUUAAACUUGAGAACCAGAAUUGUACAUGGCUCAAUCCUCCUUAUAAUGUCAGUCAGUCUCUUUAGGGCUGGUGUUUGAAAACAUCUUAUUUUGCAUUCCCAAAGACCUUGUUCUUUAUGCUUCUUGCCACUAGGUGGGAGAAGAAGGUUGUCUAAACUGUGCCUUGGUGCUUCCAGCCUAUUUAUCCUUAACCAGAUUCAUUCCUUCUUGCUAUAUACUUGAUUUUAGAAAAAGGAUAUUUCAGUCAAGCUGAUGGUGGCUUAUUUUGGUUUAUUUGAGACAUUUUUGUUGUAAGAAACACUUGUCAUGCUGUGUAGUUACAGUUCUUAUUUUUGCUUUCUUGCAGGGCUAUUUUCAAAAAUAAUUUUUGAGACAAAAUCAACAGAAGAUAAAUUCCAUGAGGUGUCAGUCAAUCUGUAGUGUAAAAGUAGUUUUGUGAUGUUCAAAUGAUUUAAAUGUUAUUCUGGAUUUUAUUUUUUUGCAAAUGUCUUGGAUAGUCUCUGGCAAACUUUCCAAGAGAGUUGUUUUGAAUUCUGAAGGAAUUUAUUUCUUUCAAUACAGCCUGAUCUGUGAGAGGUGGUGUGCCACUUCAAGGGUGAGGCUUCAGUGGCUCGAGCAACCUGCAGUGAAGCUUGGUGAAACAACGUGAAACCUGUGGCUUAAGAGGGACAGAAAAUUCUUUUUCUUCAAUACAAAAAUGCAAAAAAAAAUUUUUUAGGUAAAGAAAACUUGAAUGGUAAUGUGUGCUACUGGUAGAAGUUAUUUGUACCUUAAAUACAAAGCUGGAGCAACUUAGGCUGUCAGGUAACAUCUAAUAUUUUGUGUAAUGGUCCUGCACAGUGGGGUUUUCUUUUGUAUGCAAAAGCUCUUAACAGGAAUAAAAUUUUGCUCAUUUUUUUGUAUAUUUAAAAAUAUUUUUUUCUGAUAUGCCAGGUCAGAUAUUAGAGCUAGGAAGCUCUGAUUUCAUUCAGGACUGUGUACAUUUUGACUGUAAUGGCUGAUAUAGCUACUGCAUUAUCUGUUCUCUGAGUGAGUUAAUAUUUGUACUGCCCAUGAUUAUAAGUUACUGCUGAAUGUGAUGUUGAAGUACUAAAGGAUGCAUGCAGUUCCUUUUUUCCAGGCUGUUUUGUGGCUCUGAAAGGCACAUCACAGAAUGUUUUGUUGUGUUUUAUAUUCUGACCAUGUAAAAAUCCUUCUGAAAUGUGAAUGGCA